ACUGAAUGUUUGUUUCUUCCGUUGGGCUCAACCAAAGGGUUCCCUUCGUGUUCUUUUGAUGGAAACGAGAAACUGCAGUUAGCCAUGACAAGUUCUACGUACAGAUGUGUAUUAUGUGAUGUAACUUUUUCACAUUUGAUGCCAUAUGAAGAGCAUCUAAAUGGAAAGAAACACAAAAGUAAAGUGACACCAACCUGCUUCUACAGAUGUGAUUCUUGUCACUUAAAUCUUUCUAGUUUAGUCCAAUACACACUGCACGUUAAUGGCAAAAAACAUAAGAAAAAGGUGUUAUCUGCUGAUGCAACAAGUCAAAACAAGCAAGUGAGCCAGCCUGAAAAUGACAAAAAUUCAGGAGAGAAGUCCCAAGAAGUCAGGACACAGGUGACCUCAGAAUUGCCAUGUUCUCAUUCUCCUGUGGUUCUUCCUCUACCACCUCCACCUGCCACUGAAAAGAGGGAGGAUGAAGGAUUCGGAAAGACGACUCAUGGAGACGGGAGGCUGGUAAAAGAGGAACUUCCUUGUUCCCUCCGUCGUAUAGAACUUCCGUCACCACCACCAAUCAAGAAGGAGGCAGAGGAAUUUGAACAGUUGACCUAUGGAGACAGCAGACAGGUAAAGAUGGAGGCACAGGAAUUAGAACAGGUAACUAAUGGAGACAGGAGACAGGUAACUGAUGAAUUGCCCUGUUUCCUUGCUCCUAUAGAUCUCCCACCAACACUGCCACCACCCAGAAAGAGGAAGGCUGAAGAAUUAGGAGAAUGCCCAGUCUGUCAGGUUUUUUACACCUCUGAAAGUCAAAGGGAGUGUCACAUCAGUGGAAAGAGACACCAGAAAAAAAUACAGGCAUUGACAGGCUCAUCAGACCCUUUAGGUUUGUCUGAAGAUUCUUCACCAGAUUUUGGUACAUGUGAGUUGUGUCAUGUACAACAUACUUCUGUCUUAACACGUGAACAACACCUUUCUGGAGCAAAGCAUCGACGUAAAGCCAAUACCUUCACGAAUCAAAAAAACGAGGAGAGGUGUAAAUUAUGUAAUGUUGAAUACACCUCACCAUCCAGCAAAUUACACCACCUUCAGGGUCGGAAACACCAGAUGAAUCUCCUAAAUAAUAGAAAUCCAGAAACAGUACAAGUGAAAAAUGCCAGCCAGUUUUUCUGUUUGUUUUGUAAUAUCGCUGUCAAUUCUCUUGGCCAGCUGGAAGCACACAGACAAGGUAUCAAACAUAGAGACAUUGUGCAGAAAAUGAAGAAACAGCAGCAAGGUGGUGAUGUAGAUGAUCAGUCUGUUGUUGUGGUAUCAAAGAGAGUCAAUAACGUAAUACAAUAAAGUAAGGAGAUGGCUCGUGUUACAAGUUUAAAAGUUAUCUAGAUUAUAAGACCGAUGUUUUAUAGGCUUACACUAUGACAGCAGUUGGAGAAGGAAGCUGGUAAUGUCUUGAGAUUACAAGUUUUAAGUCACCUGGUUCGAAGUGCCAGAGAAUUUGUGCAAUGGUAAGGUGUCUGCCUUCCUUCCCACAUCUGCUGUCUGUCGUCUGUCAACCUUUUACUAAAUAUCUGUAUUAGUCAUGAAUGACUGAACAGAUUUUGACCAAAUUUAAUCAGAAACAUCCUUGAGGAAAGGGAAACCAAGUUCGUAUUAAUGGUGGUUCUCAGCCACCGUUGGCUUGGGGGGUAUGGUUCAAAACGGCAAAUUAGGCAAGUCAUUUAAAAUUUUACUUUUACAAGAAUGCUUGGAUUCUCUUGGGUGAAAGGAAAUCAAUUUUGAAUAAAUGGUGGGUCUCAGCCCCUGGGGCGAAAUGCACAGGUCCCAGUAGGGCACAUAGAUCAAAUUCUUUAAAAUCUUUCUUCUCCAUUAAGAAUGCUUUGAUUUUGUCCCUAUUUUGCUGACGCAUAUUUAGAUACUGGGUCUUGGCUUCUUGGAAUGGAAGCGGCAGGGGCCAAGAGGGGAAAUAGAGGAGAUCAUUUUUUGUUAGUGAACUUUGUCACAGUUGCCAGGGGGGCAAGAGGGUUGAGGCCCAAUGGGGAGACAAGCAAAUACUUUAAAACCCUUAUUCAUCUGUAGGAAUGUCAGAAUGGUGCAAAUUCUUCUUCUUUCGUAGGAAAGCCAGGUUUUUGUCCCAAUUUGGUAUUAAGUAUUCUUUGGUGAGGGGAAAUCUAUUUUGUAGAGAUGGUGGGCCUCAGCCCCUGGGUGGGCCCAAUAUAGAAAGAGAGCAAAUUCUUUGAAAUAUUUUUUCUUCUGUUGGAAUGUCAGAAUUGUGUCAAUUUGGUCUCAAGCAUCAGUUGGUAAGGGACAUCAUUAAUGUAUAAAUUGUGUGUCUUGGCAAGUAGAUGAAGGUUGGGACCAAACAAGGGAAAUAGAGAAAAAAGUUUAAAAUCUUUCAUCUGAAGGAUUGUGUCGCAAUUUGGUCUAAAGCAUCCUUGGGUGAAAGUACACCAGUUUUGUAUACGUGAUGGGUCUUGGCAACUGGAGGUGGGAGGAAUGGCGCCAAAUAAGGGAAAUGGAGUAAAUAGUUAAAAUUAUCCUUCCAUGUAGAGGAAUCAAUUUUGUGUAAAUGGUUGGUGUUGCUUUCCUGGGGCGGGAGAUUCAGUAUCAUCUUGACUGUUCCCAUGUAUUUUUGCAAACUACAAAAGCCUUUCAUUGUGAGAAUAGAUAAUAAAUGUUAAUAGAAUUGUGAAGACAUCACUUUAUGUAUUUAUAAUAUUUGAUCAAAGAAUUAUAUCAUAAUCAACAUUGUGUAUACUGUGAAAUCAUCAUCCUUUUUGGAGCAUUUAUUAUCAUUGAUUUCAUUGUCAAUUUAAAUUCACGAGCUCUUAAAAUCACCAUAUGUUGAUUUAUUGAGUGAGAUUUGUCCACAAAUCAAAUAUCCACAUUGUGAACAAAACUCUGAUUUUACAGUAUUGUGGUUGGAUAUUAAUUCAAAACUGAAGGAUUGUUGAUUAAAAUCGGAUGGUAUCAAUGACGGGUUAAAUAAAAAUUUUGAAGCAAAACAC